AUGUCGCAAGCGCCGCGGAAACAAGAGGCCGACCACACCAAGGACUGUGAUGAGGUGUGUGCCUCGAAGGAUGCUACAGCGCGCGGAUGACCUGGCGCUGACCGCCUUGACCCUCGCUGCAGACGAUCCCCGUCGCCGAAUCGCUGGCCAGUGUGAGUCCUCGCACGAGCAGAGAGGCACUAUAGCAGCCGCAACACUGAUUCCAGUUCACAUCAACACAGUCGGGCCAGGUCCAAGAAGCGGUCGACAAGCUGUUGGCGCUCGAGAAGCUCACUCGCAACGUCAGUGCUGGCCCCACUCGGAUCUUCGUCCUGUUCUAUGCCACUGACACGCUUCUCGUACCAUCCCAUCUGGCCCACUGCUCUCAUUCGUCUCACUGGCCUACGCCUUCAACUCGGGACUGCCCACCUCCGAGCCCGCACAGUCGGCCGAUCUGGCUUCCACGACCCGAGUGCUGAUCGCCAUCAUCUCGAUCCUGCACCACCACAAGCAGUACGACCUACUCAACACCCACAUCACCCUCCUCUCCAAGAAGCAUGGCCAACUGAGGCAGGCCACGCAGAAGAUGGUCGACGAGGCCAUGACCUACCUCGACAACCUCGACGGCAGACCCAAGCUCGACCUGAUCGAGACCCUCAGGGACGUUACAGAGGGCAAGGUCAGUCUGGUGCGCCGCGUGUUCAGGACGUGUAUGCACCAAUUGAACACGGUCAACUCUACGCAGAUUUACCUCGAAGUACCACGCGCACGCGUCACGCGCAUGCUCGCCACCAUUCGCGAGAAGGAGGGCGACGUCGCCAAAGCGAACGAGCUUAUGCAGGAUCUCCAGGUCGAGACCUUUGGCUCGAUGGAACGACGGGAAAAGGUCGACUUUAUCCUCGAACAGAUGCGUCUGCUCAAGGCUCUCGAGGACUGGGACAAGCUUGGGAUCGUCGCCAAGCGCAUCAACGCCAAGUGGUUGACCGAGAAGGAGCACGAGGUACGUCGACCACUGGCGACAGCGCGCGGCGUGCUGCAUGCGAUCAAUGCUCAUCUGACUUCCUCCUCGAUAAAGGACCUCAAACUUCGAUAUUACUCGUUGAUGAUCCUCUGGGGGCUCAACGCGGGCAAGUACCUCGAUGUCUGCAAGUUCUAUCGCCAGGUCUACGAAACCCCCUCGAUACAGGACGACGAGGCCAAGUGGUCCGCCGUACUGCGCAACAUCGUCUACUUUGUCAUCCUCGCGCCUUACGACAAUGAGCAGUCCGAUCUUUUGGCACGCGUCUUCAAGGACGAGAAGCUCGUCAAGGUUACCGAAUCUUAGUGAGUUUGACCCCCACUUCUUCGCUUCCUCCAGACCUGUGGCCCCGGUAUCUGACGCUGCAUCUCUAUCACCCCCAGCGACCUGAUGAAGUGCUUCACAGCGCCCGAGCUGAUGCGAUGGCCCGGAAUUGAAGGUCUGUACGGCGCCAGCCUGCGGCAGACCAAGGUCUUUGGUCCCACCGGAGUCGCUGGGAUCGCGGGGGAUAUCGAAGAGGACUCGAAGCAUUCGAAGGGCGAUAAGCGGUACGAGGUCCUGCACGAUCGGAUUAUCGAACAUGUGCGUAGCCUGGACUCAAUCGAAGCACAGCACAGGGCAGCACAGGACGACUGACUGACCUUGAGACCCGUGACCGGCGAUGCACAAAACAGAACAUCCGAACGCUGUCAAAGUACUACACCCGCAUGACCAUGACCCGCCUCUCGCAACUCUUGGACCUGACACCAGCAAAGACGGAAGCGUUCCUUUCCUCCCUCGUGUCGUCUAAAACGGUGUACGCCAAGAUCGAUCGACCGGCCGGGAUCGUCAGUUUCCAAGCACCUAAAUCGGGGGACGAGGUUUUGAACGAGUGGAGCUCGGAUGUCGGCAAAUUGAUGGGCCUGAUUGAGAAGAGCACGCAUUUGAUCCAAAAAGUGAGUUGGAGGCAUCUCGGAGUGACGGUCUCGAGAAGCCUGGAACUGAUCGGCCGGCCUGUUUCGCUCCCAGGAAUAUGCGGUGCAUGCGGCUUUGAAGGCUCAGCAGGGUCUCAAGGCUUAG